CAUCAAACAUGGGGUCAACUAUUGUGGCAGCGGCUAUGUAUCUUGAGUCCAGCGGUAGUAUCAUGCAGUCUCACACAUCGUACCUGAAGAAAUGUGACGCCAUGUAUAUGGCCCAUGAGCCGGCUGUUGGAGAGACUCUAUUGGUUUUCAAGGUAACAUUGCGGGGGUCGUCGGGUGUUGUGUGAGCAUAUCGCUGAUUUCUCUUGAUGGAAACUUUCUACAUCAUUGUUUCUUUUUUUCCUUCAGUUUUCUCACGUAUUUCCUUACCGUCGAGUUUUUUCCUUGAUUUUUUCUAUUUCAUUUCUUCGAUCAGUAUCAUCAGUACCAUGGGUUUCUUUGAAGUUUAUCUUAGAUUCGUAUUAUAAUGAUGUAUGAGACGCUGGACGACUCGGAAAGUGAUUUGUUUCCAUCUUCGAGUGUUUCCCAGAAUGGCAAUGUUACCAUUGAGCCUCCUCAUACUCAUAUACGCAUUCUCAACUUGUGUUAAUGCUGAAUUUUCUUUGCCAUCUCAAGUAAAAAGUUUUGUUCCUUCGUGCGCUCAAGUUUGCUUUGAGUCCUUCGUACAAGACAACUAUCCAACAAAUGUUUGUGGCGACACACCUACAUUUGACUGCUUAUGUGAAAAUGGUAGCAAGUCUACAUACACGGUGGGAGAGGGGGCAGUACAAUGUAUAAUGUCAGAAGCAAGCGUGGGCUUCUGUAAUGGAGAUGACUCCUCUAAUGAUACAGUACUAAAAGCAUACAAUAUGUGUAAUUCCGACAAGAAUGCACUGCCAAACACACAUAGCACCCUUACAGCAACUCUCGUUUUACAAUCAGGCUCCGCAAGUAUCGUCCAAAUUGCUCCAGUGGCAACGACAAGUGCUAGUGAUUCUGUAGCUACAACUUUACUCACAACUGUACCUACCGCUACAGCUACCGCUACAGCUACUCCAAGUUCAACCACGAGUUCAAAAUCAUCGACAGGGGUGACACAACCGGCAGCUGCCACGAGUGCCUAUUCAUCACCGGAGAAGAGUAAGCCAGUACUAUCGACUGCGCAAAUAGCUGGAAUUGUGGUAGCAGGAGUUGGUGGUGUCGUUUUGGUAGUUGGAGCUAUAUUGCUGUGUGCCUGUAUGAGACGAAAAAGGCAAGCAAAUCGAGAUAGUGGAUAUCUCCCAUUCCAGCAAGAGCCUUCUUUGAGCAUCAAAUCACAAUCUCACUUCGGUAUUACGAAGCCAAUGGCGCCAUCACCAGCUUCCAUUUCAACCCGAGGACCAACACCAAUAGGUCCAUUUUUGGGGGCUCGAAUGCCUCCGAGGGGGGGCCAGCUAAGCCCCGAUCCUUUCUCUCAAAGGAACGCUAGUCCAGAGAAUAUCGGUCUUGCCAUGACUUCCGAGAGCCCCCAAAACAAUUUGUUAACCCCUAUGGGUUACACUGAAGAAAUAUUCCAACGUGGCCCGUCUCCACUUUUGCCCGAAAGACCAGCUCUCACCCUGCAGGUUCCUUUCCAGCGAAACCCCAACGAGAUCCACACUGCUGCCUACCAGCAACCAUCAAAAUUCACGGGCAACAAUCGGCAAUCUAUGGAUACACAAUUCGAAGAUGAAGAUUCAUGCAGCACAGCUGUAGCAUCCGAAGCACCAUGGAAUGCGGCGUCCUAUGGGUCCAUAUCAAAAGACAAGGUUCUCCGAAAUCCUGAUCCCGCAUAUUAUCAAUCACCUCGUCUCCAAGGUGAGCUCUCGCCAAAUGAAACAGAGCAUAUUAUCGAUUCCUACAAGGAUGCUUCAGUAGAGCCUGACUUCUACGUACGCCCCCUUAAUCUUCAAAGAAACUUUUCACAACCUCGUCGGCCUGAAAAUGCAAUGAAACCUUCUGUUCAACGCAAUCCAUCUGCCAAGGAUCCUCUUAGAGCAACCUCAUCUGUGUACUCGGCAAAAUCUCACAAUCGUCGACCCUCUUCAAAUGAAGUCGAGAAGCUAAACUCACUCAUGCAAUCUAACCCCUCAUUUCGCCGCGUGCUAGGGAAAUCCGCAUACAAUCCCGUAGGACCAUAUGAUCAAAAUCGUACCUCUAGAGCUUCGAUAGGGUCUAUGACAUCCUUCGAAACCAUGGAUUCUAUCAAUCCUGAGCCCCAAGAGCUUUCUGGCGACACUAAUCUCAGCCCUGUCGUCGAAUCACCCACUGACAAAUCAAACGUCAUCGGUAAAUCACCAGUCAAAUACCCCAAAAUCAAGGGAAACCCAAGCAAACGCCAUUCUCGUACUCGUACCCGCACAUCGAUCGUAACAAAUUUCCCCGCACCACCGCCAAUAUCUAUUGAGUCACCCAUCCGCCCCCCUACAGCAUAUAGUAAUAAACCAUGGCAAGAAGCCGAGAUAGCCGCUCAGAAAACGCGCAUGGCAUCUCUAGGACUAUCGCCCGGAAAAUUUCUCUCGCCAGGCUCUCACAACUCUGGCAUCACUAUUCGAAAAAGUAAUGACUUUUUCAGUCCCACUGAUUUAGCUUCAAGAAGUCCUCCACCGCCAAUACCAUUACCCUUACCACCAACUUCUAAACAGAGGGAUAUGAGUCCAAGAACUGCCAAUGGAAGUGGGAGUAAAAGAAGCGCUCCGCCCCCUUCUUUAAGUCUCGCCACUUCUCCAGAUUCAAUACAAAAAUGGAGAGUCCUUCCCGACACCAACACUAAUAUUAACACUACCAACCCCACCACUACUUCUUCCCACCAACCGACCUCACCAACCGUCGUAUCUCCACACUGGCGGCCACAAAUACUCACCGGUAUAUUAAGAAAAGAUAGCGUCCAGUCCUUACACAAACCCGCCACCAACGUCUCAUCCUCCAACAUUAAUCCCUCCCAACCACUCUCCGUCCCCCUCCACGCCUCCAUGGACCCCGAAGUAUCCUCAAUCUACAGCCAAGAAACACGCAAUUUCACAUUCGAUCCACGUCUUACACAAAUGACUACCAUGUCUGAAAUAAAAGCUCAGGGACAAGCUCCUGUUGAUUCUUCGAACGAAGAUAUCAGUACAGUUAAAGAUACAAAUUUGAACGGUCGAUCCGUCGUAUAUACCAAAGACGAUGGAUCAGGUGAAACGAUCACUAUCAACAUCGAUGGAGAUAAUCCCAGUGGUUUACCAAAGACGCCGGGUUGGCUACCGAGAUUGACGCCCACGAGACGGGGAAAUGAUUUAUUUUUGAAUGUGCAAUAGUGUGGCACAUAUACUAUUCGAAGAAGUGGGGAUGCGAUAAUGUAAGCGUGAAGGGCAAGUAAGAGGAGAGCGUGGGUUCAUUAUUUUAAACUAUAUCAGUAGAUAUUCUCCUUUUAUGCUCAAUUUCUUUUCCUUUUGUGGUUAAUCUUGUAUGAUUAUGAGUAUGAGUAUGAGGUUAUGCGUCGUAGGACGAAUAGGAUGGAAUGGGACAGGAUCGAUGCUGGAUCAGGCAUUGUCAGGAACGGAUCUCACGUUCUUAAUUUCUUUUGUUAAAGAAAAUACCCAAGUCAGGAAUUCAGGAUAUGGAGUUACAGAAACAUUGCAGGAGUUAAAGCUGUUACAGGGAGGGGCGUUACUUUUGGUGUUACAAUGU